AUGGCCCGUGCCGUCAGCCCCAUCCAAAAGGAGAGGUGCCUCAUCAACAUGCAGCAACUUCGCGAUGGCGACACAGCCCUGGACCUAGCUCAUCAACCCCCUCAUAAUUCUUCCUCCACGACCUUUGACUGGGACGGACCUGACGACCCCGACAAUCCGCGAAACGCGCCCUUCCUUGUCCGCAUCUCGACUAUCUGCGCCAUCACACUCCUGGCAUUUGCUAGUGCUUUUGGAGGAUCAGUCAUAUCGCCCGCAACAGAGACGCUCCUUCAAGAAUACAACUGUAAUUAUGAGGUUGGCAUUCUUCCCCUUGCCAUCUAUAUGCUCGGGCUCGCAUUCGGACCUCUCGUCGGAGCUCCUCUCUCCGAGACUUAUGGAAGAAGAGCGGUGUUUGUCCUCACGACGCCGUUCUUUCUCAUCUUCAUGGUUUCUUCUGGGUUCGCACAGUCCAUGGCUGUCCUCAUUAUUUGUCGCUUCUUUGCUGGAGUAUUCGCAUCCUCAAACAUCAACAACGCGUCUGCAGUAGUACUGGAUUGCACAUCAGACCGCUACCGAGGGACUGUCCUGCAAGUAUACUACAGUGUGCCUUCGUUGGCCGCAACCUUUGCGCCACUGGUGGGUUCCUUCGUCACCCGCGGGCUGUCCUGGCGGUGGACUUUGUGGGUUGGAGCGAUCGUCGCUACCACGUUUUACUUGCCUGUGCUCUUCACGAAGGAAACCUACAAACGCAAAAUUCUUCAUGAUCGGGCCAAGCAACGUGGAUCGACAGACAUGCUCUCAACACAAAGUUCACCUGGCAAGAAAAUCCGCUAUUUCCUGGCGGUGCUUAUCCAGCGACCUUUGCACAUGCUCUGCACUGAACCGAUUGUCCUGCUGGUCAGCUUAUUUAACGGUUUCAUUUACGGGCUUACGUAUUCUUUUGUGACUUCAAUCCCUUGGAUCUUUCAAACAUACUACUCUGCCGGUCCUACGAGCGAGUCGCUCGCGUUCCUUGGAGCCACAAUGGGCACUCUCUUGGCCAACCUGCCUCUGUUCCUCCUCGAUCGCUACCUGUACCAGCGGAAACUUGUAGUUGUUAAAUAUGCCCAGGGAGAUGAUGCACGACUGCCUCCCGAGGCUCGCCUUCCUGCGGCUAUGCUUGGCAGCCUCCUUUUGCCUAUAACUCUGUUAGGUGGAGGAUGGACAGCCGAGUACCGCGUACAUUGGAUUGUACCAAUUCUGUUCCAAGGCCUGACCAUGAUGUGUUCCCUCCUGAUCUACUCCACAGCAAGUUUAUUCAUGCUGGACGCUUACGGACCUCUAUAUGGUGCAUCGGCUUCCGGUGCCAUGAUGUUCAGUCGCUACGGCAUGAGCUUUGUAUUCCCUUUGUUUGCUUUACGGUUGUUCAAAGCGCUUGGGGUUGGUUGGGCGUCGACUUUGCUUGCCGGCAUGGGUAUCCUCCUAGCUCCUACCCCCUGGUUGUUCUGGAAAUGCGGAGAGAAGUUGAGGAGGAAGAGUCGAUAUGAAGUUUGUGUGUGA